AUGUCCGGCCCUCUCUUCGGCCUCAUCCCCGCCGGCCUGCCGCUCAUCACCGACCCGACCUCGUCCCCCUCGCCCACCUCGCUCCUCUACGCCCUCCCCUCGCAGCAGGCCUUUUCCCACCUCGUCCUCUUCCUCCUCCCCGGCGUCGCCCUGCCGCCCAACACCGCCGCCAGCAUCUACCUCGCCACCGCCGCGCAGGUCGCCGCCGCCGAGCAGUCGGGCGCCGCGCCGCCGUUCAAGUUCCUCGGCGCCAUCGGCCCCGGCAAGGAGAGCGCCAUGUUCAAAGUCGGCAACACGACCGCCGGCGGCAGCGGGUCCGACGCCAACAACCACAGCCUCGUCAUUGGCGUCUCGAUCGAGGCCGAGGCCGAGGUGGCGCAGAAGCUGCAGGAGUUGAGCGCCAAAAAGAGCAGUUCGUCGCCGGCGACGCAGCAGCAGCAGCAGCAGCAGCAGCAGCCGUCGACGGUGGUGCUGGCGCAGCGCAUCAUACAGAACGCCUUCAACUUCCUUACGGGUUUCAGCGGCACCGCUGGGCCAGGCGGCGUCGAGGUGGUGCCGCUCAAGGCCUUCGAGGACUGGUGGCGCAAGUUUGAGAAUCGCAUCCGCAACGAUCCCAGUUUCCUGGAAAAGCAAUCCGAUUAG